AUGUCACUCAUGUGCUCACCUGUAUUUCUGAUGUCUGGUCUGAUAACUUCAAGCAAAGCGUCUUCUCUUUUUGCAGCGCUUCACGGAGCAAAUGAGAGCAGUGCCGCGCCACAAGAGAACAAAUUCGCCUACAUGGCCAUCGAAAUAUGGCUUGGGCAACCUGGCAGUAUCCCAGCCUUCGUGCAACCUUUGAGUGGCAUGGCAGUUGGGCACCGAAAGGGUGCUACAGCUGAACAUUUUUUUAAAAUUUUUUAUGGCGUAAAGUUUACGGUAGGUACUACUGACGAGGCAUACAAG